GGCUGAGGCGCGGGGCUGGGGCGAUGCGGCGCUAUCUGCGCAUCGUGGUGCUGUGCCUGGCCUGCGGCUUCUGCUCGCUCCUCUACGCCUUCAGCCAGCUCGCCGUGUCCCUGGAGGAAGGAGCGGGCGGAGGUGGCGGGAAGCCGCAGGCCGCGGCGGCUUCCUGGCUCGCGGGCGGCGGACGCGGCGGCGCGAGAGGGGUGGGCAGCGUGGGACCCGCAGCUCAUUCCGGCCGCUCGGACAGGUGUAAAGAUUUCUCUCUGUGUUACUGGAAUCCCUAUUGGAUGCUGCCCUCUGAUGUUUGUGGAAUGAACUGCUUUUGGGAAGCGGCUUUUAGGUAUGGUCUGAAUGUACAGCCCAUUCAGAGAAUGCACCUCGCUGUGGUUGCCUGUGGUGAAAGACUGGAAGAAACUGUAACCAUGUUGAAAUCAGCUAUCAUUUUCAGCAUCAGACCACUUCAGUUCCAUAUUUUUGCUGAAGAUCAACUACAUGAUAGUUUUAAAGGCAUACUUGAUAGCUGGUCAUUUCUGCAGACAUUUAAUUAUUCAUUAUACCCAAUAACUUUUCCAAGUGAGAAUGCAGUGGAAUGGAAAAAGCUUUUCAAGCCAUGUGCUUCCCAGAGAUUAUUCUUGCCAUUAAUCCUGAAAGAAGUUGACUCACUAUUGUACGUCGACACUGAUAUCCUUUUUUUACGGCCUGUUGAUGAUAUUUGGUCUUUACUAAAGAAAUUUAAUUCUACACAAAUUGCUGCAAUGGCGCCAGAACAUGAAGAGCCUCGGAUAGGAUGGUAUAAUCGCUUUGCCAGACAUCCAUAUUAUGGAAAAACUGGAGUAAACUCUGGAGUUAUGUUGAUGAACAUGACUAGAAUGAGAAGAAAGUAUUUCAAGAAUGACAUGACAACUGUACGGCUGCGAUGGGGAGAUAUACUUAUGCCAUUGCUUAAAAAAUACAAACUUAACAUCACAUGGGGGGAUCAAGAUCUGUUGAAUAUCAUCUUUUUUCAUAAUCCAGAAAGCCUUUUUGUUUUUCCGUGUCAAUGGAAUUAUCGACCAGAUCAUUGUAUAUAUGGAAGCAAUUGCCAGGAAGCAGAAGAAGAAGGAAUCUUUAUUCUUCAUGGGAACAGAGGUGUUUACCACGAUGAUAAACAACCAGCAUUUAGAGCCAUUUAUGAAGCACUGAGAAAUUGUUCUUUUAAAGAUAACAACAUCCGUUCCUUAUUAAAACCUUUAGAACUGGAACUACAAAAGACAGUCCAUACGUACUGUGGAAAAAUUUACAAAAUAUUUAUCAAACAGCUAACAAAAAGCAUACAGGACCGGUAUGAUAGACCUCCAAAGGAAAGGUGAUCGAUCCUUGGUAACCAUUAAAUCAAGUGAAUUAAAACAACAAAAUAUCAGAGGACAUGCAUGAAGGAAUGGUCUUGGAUGAAGUAUUCAGGAAGAAAUUAUUCAUCUACAGAAUAAUUGUUUCUCCUGAAGAAGUUAAAUGAGCAUAUAAUUCAUGUAAUGAAGAAUAAAUUAAAGUCUUGGACUCCAACAAGAAGACAUUUUUGAUCUCUGAUGUUUUGUAAUGCUAUUUGCUGUCAGUCCAGUAUUGAUGAAAUAUUUUUGAAUGGUUUGUAGCCUACUUUGGUUGACUCUUCUCAAGUGAGUAGGAACAGUAGGGGUGUAUGGAUGGAGAAAAUGUACCUCAUACACAGUGAAAACACUCAAACUGUGAGUAUAGCAAUAAUUUUAUGUCAGCACUAACCUCACUUUAAAUGUGUGACAGAAAGUUUACAGAAACAGAGUAUGUUCUGUUUCUAAUGCAAUGUGAUGUAACUGAUGUAACCAUUGACAAUCGAUGUGUGCCUUUAUACAUUUCAUCUCUGUUUUAAAAUAUUCCUGUGACAAUCAUGUUAAAGUUAGAUUAUAAGUAAGCUGCAUGUUUAAAAUUGAGCUGUAUAAGAAAGUGGGAAAACCGUAAAAAUGUUAGGAGUUUUAGUUUGUAUGUGUUUGUGAAAUGUAGUAUUUUCAUUUGUAUAUGUUAACUUGUGUUGCCAAACUCAGAUCUUAGAUUGUUAAACAGAUAUUUUUGGAAAUUUUCAUCACUUUAAAUGAAAAUUUUCAGCUUUACUGGGCAUUCUGGAACAAAAAAUACGCUGGUCAUAAAGUGAGAACGGAACUAGUAUACUUACAUGAUUAUGGAAAAUGUGAUGGACCAAAAGACAUAAGCUAUAUACUUCCUGUGAACAGUAAUUUUAGUUACAAUGAAGCAGAAAAAAGUGAUCCAUUUAAACUUUUUUCUUCUACCUCAAAAUGGUUUUGCAAGAUAUUUUUGAAGAAGCAAAUGUAGAGAGCCUUACUUUUAAGUCAGCUAGACAACUUUUGUGGAUGAUUUGGAUUAAGAAGACUGUUAUAUCUGAGUAUAGAAAAAGUAGUUUUGAUUGGGUUAAUGUGCAUAUCUUCCUUUUUUUAAUAUCACUUAAGACAUUUUUUUAAUCUCAAAGAGAAGAAAAAUAUUAUUUAGUGUUCUUGACUGCUCUCUCUAACAUAACUAGAUUCUGAGUACUUGGCAUGUACUAUGCUGUGCCAUAUAUGUGACUUUUUUAAGUGCUAUGUGGUUAUUCUUUUUCCUUUUUUGAUAUUUUAAUGCUUAAUUAGAAAAGGAAAAAUCAUGAAGGAAAAAAAAAACCUCUUAUGUGAAAAAAGUGGUGAUUGGCUUUAGAGUGUCCUCUGUGGAGACGUGGCAUACGCAGAAAGACAUGGUCAAUGCAGUUGUCCCCUGUCUUUUGCAGUUCAGUCAGGGCAAAUUGAGAGAGGAAGGUGUAAAAAAGGCAAAUUAGAGCACUCUUUGAACAGAUGCUUUUAGAGAACACAAUCUGUAUGUCUUUGACAGAAUGCCAUGGUGAAUAUAAGCACUUGUGAACUGUGCUGACACUGAGUUUACUGAGUAGAAAAUGAGAAUCCUAGGAUUUUGAAGUUUGGAGGAUAUAUAUCAGAUCAUUUCUAAUGGUCUCCGAAAGAAAACUUUGCCUGUCUAGAUUAGACUCUCGAGGGGGGCUUGUUGAGCGUGGAUCCCUGGGCUUCCCCUUAGACUUCUUGGACACUGUGUCUAGGAGAGGGGCUGCAAUUGUUUUUUAAUGAAGAGAUUUAAAAACUACAUAAAAACAGAACAGUACAGUGGUACUUACUGCCCAGCUCAAACACUUAAAUAUCUUACUGUAUUUGUGUCAUCUAUUCCUUUUCCCUUCACUGAAGUAUAUUAAAGAAAAUGCCAGAUAGUCUGUUAUUUUACUGCUAUGAGUACUUUGGUAACUACGAUGACAUCAUACCUCCUUUGACUUUAUUUACUUUCCAUUCUUAAGCAAAUUUCCUUAGUUGUCUUCAAUGUUAGAUUAGGGUACAAAAAUAAGUUAUCUUAUGAUUCUAUAUUUAAUAAGCAUCUCAGAUGAUUUUGAUGUAAGCUAGUUUGGGAACUACUGGGAAUCAUUUUGCCAAGUUGAAGGUUGAAGUUAGGAUACCAUAAUUCUUGGCACAGUUAGUAGAUUAUAAAUGUGAUUCUGAAAUAUUAGAGGAACUGGGGUUAUUAGCAAGAUACGGAUUUAUAUUAUUAGUAAGUUUCUUAGGUUUAAUUUCCUCAGUGAACAGAGAAUCUCAGCCCCUUGGGCUCUAAUAAUGGGGGUGGGGCUAUGUAGAUUGUGGUCAUGAUUUAAUUCAACUGGACUGUAUAUGUCUCUGGUCUCAUGUCGUGACUUAUUUCACUGUCUCACAUUCCACUUUGUGGAUCAGUUAGAAGGUUUUUUGUCUGGUUUUAUUCAGAGCUGACCUAAUUGGGCAUUUUACCAUAAAUUGGGAUAUGGUGAAAACUUUCUACUUAGGGACUAUAUUUAUCUAAAAUUUAGGAUUCAUAGAAAAUCCAUAACAAUAGUAAAAUGAGUUUUCUGAAUUUAUCCUUAGAUAUGGUAACUUUUUCUUUGUGAAUUCCUAAGAAAUGCUGUUCUCAGCAUUAAUGAGGUUAAAUAUAUAUAACAGCUUAGAGAAUAUAUUAUAUUUCUUUUCAUAAAACAUUAUAUCUAUGCAGUUUAUAUAAAUUACAUUAUGUAUUCUUUGAGUCUUUGUGUUAGAACAACCUCAACUAUCUCUGGGCUGCCGUAUUACCAAAGUUGAAUGACUUUAAAAUGUAGUCAGACUUCAUUUGUAUGAAGUAGCCAUCUUAAAAGAACUUGGAAACCCUUAGAAAAUAUAUAUUGUGACUUGCUUUUUAAAGCAAUACAGUUGCUUUUUUUUUUUCCCCUUGUGAAGAAUAGUUCAUAAUGUAUAAGGUAACCCAGUUAUCUUUUAGACACUUCAAAAACUGAAAUAAUACUAUUACCGCUUAUUCAUUUUUCUUUCGUUCUUGCCUCCUGUCCGAUGUUACUGGUAUAAUGGCAAGAAAACAAGUCUGGUUAUUAUACCUGGAUUCUUUUCUUGGUUUGGGACCUCAGGCAUAUCUGUUCACCUUCUCUGUGCCUUAGGUUUGUAAACAAUAUGCUCUUCCAACCUCAUGAGUCUCAGAAAUCACAAGUCAGAAAGUAACGUGACCCAACAGAGAUAAUGGAGUUGAAUGCGUUCUACAUGACUGAUACAUGCCACACAAGAGCAUUAGUGUUGAGUUCUGUUUUGCCUCUUAUACAGAUCAUUCUGUUUCAUGAAUGUUUUCUGACAUGUAUCUCCAGUAAGAAUUUGCUUAUAUUAUGUAAGGAGGAGUUUUUAAGGAAGAGAAAGCAGAGAAGAAAGGAGUGAUUAUAAAUGAAUGAUUUAAAAAAAAAAAGAAGGAAAAGAGAGAAAGUGAGAAAGUAAGGAUAGAGAAGGGAAUAAAAGUGAGAAUGGCAAAAAGGCAGAGUAAGGGAAAAGAUGGAAUGAGAAUGGGAAAAUCGAGAAGUGGAGGUGGAGAGAAAUGCUGUGGAAACUGUCACUUUUUGAACUGUAGGCCCCCCACCCUGUGCCACUGUCUGCCUGCCUUCUGGUUUCAGUUUGUGAGGCACUCCAGGGUCAGGAAGGGUGCUGGCUUUCAUGGAGGCAAGUAGCAUAGCUACUUUGGUUUGAUUCAUCAAUACUAGAGUCCUGUUCCAGUCACUUUACUCACUGAUCUAAAUUUAGUGAUAAUGAUUCAACAUUUUAUUUCUUUACUGGAUCCCAGUUUGUGAGCAAAGACCUAUGGAAACAUGAUGACAGAUAUCCUCUUUUUAAUGUUGUUGGUUUAGUCAUGCCAGUUGUUGGAUUAUGCAAGAUUAACCACAUGGAUUCGCACAGGGGAGACUGGGAUGGAGGGGAUGGUUUGAUUAGGUCUGAAGGGGCCCCAGGAAUCUAUUACAGCAGUUUUCCAGAUGAUACUGAUACGAAGCCAGAUUGGGAAUCAUUGCUCUACCUUGAAUGGCAGCUUACACAGUAAAUCCUAUCUUUUGAUUCCUCAGUAGGCAUACUUUCAGUUGAGCUGUUAUAAAUGGAUUCAAGGGAAUAGGAAGACAGGAGAAACACAUUGAAGGGAAAAGCCUGAAAAGAUAUUGUUCAGUGUCUUUGAGAAGUUUGUAUUCUAAGUAAUAAAUACCUUAAUAGUAAUCAGAACCUCUUUAAGUAUUUUAGAAAGAUCAUGGGUCUGUUUUUUAAAUAGCUUUUUUGAUUCCUUAGAGUAAAUAGAGAAGGAAAGUAGUGGUGCAAUAUGUCAGGUAUUGGGCCAGUUAUCCAUUUAUUAAAUGUACUUUCAAGUGUCUUAAAACAAUUGCCUUACUGCAUUUUAAUAUUUAAUAAAAGUAGAUUAAUGAUUUGUACUGUAACAGUUAUCCUUUUUACAUUGCCAAAGCGACCCUUUUAUGCCUCUUAAAGUCUGGCUAAGUUGUUCUGGUGUUUGCUGUUUCCUAAUUCACUGAACAGGAAACCAGAUUUCUAAAAUCAAGUUAUAUAAACUUAAGUCUAUAUGGCACAGGAAUGUUUUCUUUUAAAACUGAAAUGAGUAUGAUAUUAAUUCAUAUGUCUAGGAGUUAAAGAACAUGAGAAGAAUGUGGAAUAGCAUAUUGGACUAGGCAAUUUAAAAUUGAUUUAAAAAAUGUCAAAUUUACUUUUAAAUGGAAAACAGUGUCUUGUCACCUCAUCUCUACCAAUAAUUCCAAAUGUCUAAAAGGAUUAUUUCUUUAGAAUUUUCUGUAAACUCGGUUUUUAAACAAAAGAGUGCCUUUGAAAAAAUAGGGGGAAAAAAGAAGUGAAAAUUUCUCCUCCUACCAAUACUAUGAAUGCUGUUUGGAGGGUCUGUGGUCAGGGUUUUUAAUAUCAAACUUAAGAACUGAUGUAGAGCAUUUGCUUAUGUUUGGUUUAUAUAUACAAUCUGAAUUUAUGAGCAUAUUCACUCACAUAAUACCAUAGUAACUCCUUAUAAAACAUGAAGAGAACACAUCAGUUUUAUAUUCCAUUUAAAAAGUAAACUGACUUUGACUAUGAUGGCAAAUAGCUGUUUUCAACUUUAUAUAAAAUCUCUUCAGGGAGUAUUGGAAUGUUAUGCAAAAGUAAUUCAGGGCUUAUUGUAUACCUGUAGAAUAUGUCAUCCAUUCAAGACUUAGCAGGACCCACAUGCAAUAUGCUUUGUCAGUAUUUGAGAGCUGGACCAAUGGUUUUUGAUGGAUGUUAUAACAGAUGAUCUGUGAAGAUUGUGGUUUGCACCUGUUCCUGAAAUCAAAAACUGGAAAAAGUUGCAGGUGUUUCAACUUUUCACAGGCAUUUUGCAUAAAUAUAUUAAUAUUUUGAGUGGUAAUGAUUCUAAAACUGCAGGAAGGCCUGUUGGUGUACUGUGAUAUGUAGAAAUCACUACCUUUAAACUGCUUUUUACCUUAAAAUAUGAUUUUAGUAUAAUUUUGGUAUCUUCUCCAAGUAUUUUGUAUAUCUUAAAAUUUAUUAAAGGGGAAUAAGGUUAUAGAUUUGGAUGUAACCUGAGAAUAAUGGAAAGUUGCUUUGUUCUGUAUUGGUGGAGUUCAAGUCAUCUUUUUCUUGAGAAACUGUAUUGCUGUUUCUAAAUAAACAUAUACUCCAUAAAUGUUUAAUUUCUUCAAA